AUGUCAAAUCAGCGCUUACUUCGAGAUUUUGACAGUGAAUUCAAGGCCGGUGUUGACCGUAGACGACAAAAUGGCAACCGAUUUGGUGAGUGUGGUGUGUUCUCUUUGAACUGUGCCAGACAUGGUAUUGUCGAGCGUAUCUUUGACAUCUUUGGUGGCGAAGGACGCAAGUACGCUUUGGCUGCAAUCAGUCAUGUGGUUGAUAGCUUGGGAGACCAAGAAAAGCUGGCUGUCUUGUAUGACAUUGUUUGCAUGUGCCAAAAAAGAAUAGUGGAGUCUGUCCCUCUCAUAAAUAGACAUGACCCCAUCUAUGGCGUAGCCAUUUUCCAUGCUUUGGCUCACAGCCUCAACUGCCAAGUCAAAUACUUUCCAAGAUAUGUGAAGGCUAUGGCUCUCACCGGUAAUAAGCGACUAUGA